AUGCAAUUGCAGAAAAGGAAAGCUUAUAAGGAUUUUCGAAUCACAACAAAAUAUUAUGGAAAACUAUACCAAAUAUGUAGGUGGUGUAGCAGUGUACAACAGCUAAAUCUCAAAUAUUAUCAAUUUAAAUUUAUAUCUAAAAAAUCUAUUCAAUCAUUAAAAGAUGAAAAGUUCAUCCAGAAACAUAUUGAUGUUGGACAUAAUAUAUUGUCAUAUAUUCAAUUUCCAAUAGAAUUAUAUCCAAAGAGUUGCAAUGAGUCUCUUUCAUGGAACCAAGUUCAGAAAAAUAUAUUCAAAUUAUAUGUUGGAUGGAAAAUUAAAAUGGAUGUGGAAAACAUUAAAUAUGCACAAACUAUUUACCAUAGACUAUAUAAUAAGAGUUACAGACUUAUGGAUAGAAGUAUUGAUAUUUUACUUAAGGAAUUUAAUUUUACUGAAGAGAAGAUUAGAAGACAUUCUUAUUUAAUACACAGUGAUCCUGAUAACACACAAGCAAUUUUAGAUAAUUUUAAAAAUCUUUGUGGUAUGGAUACAAUAUUUAUUUUAAGUAAGCAUCCCAAAAUAAUUCUCACCCCAUGGAAAACAAUUGGACAAAUAAGAAAACAUUUUGAGGAUUUUGGAAUUCCAGAGUCUUCAUUGGCUAAAGCACCAGAAAUCUAUACAUUAGGAAGUAAUACUAUUUAUGAAAGAUUAUGUAAGUUAAAAGAAACACCAGAGUUGGCAUCAUUUAUAAACAAUCCACAAGUUGCUAGACUCAUUUAUUACUAUACAAAAGUAAAUUCUCGUUUGACAUACUUACAAAGCAAAAAUUGUAUUUCAUUGAAUUUAUUGGUCACAAACAACAAUUCAUUUAACAGAUUUAAUUGCAAUGGUAAUGACAAAGGGAAAACCAAUGAUAUAAUGAUAUAUUUGACAAAAGAAUUGGGAGAAGACAAAAAUAAGUUACGUAAAUUAUUAGAACGUCAUCCUUAUUGGCAGUAUAUUUCUUUGUUAACAAUACGAAAAACUUAUGAAUUUCUCAAAACGAAUAAUUUCACUAARGACCAGUUAUGCCAUUGCUCACAGAUUUUAUUGUAUCCAGUGGAUAAAAUUAAAGAUGCUUUGGUAUCCACUCAAAAUAUGAAGAACGUAUCCUAUCUACGGGAUGUGUCUGGAUCUAUCAAAUCUGAAUAUUUAUUACCACUAGUACUGUAUAAUUUAGAAAAGGAUUGUCAUUUCUCAGGUGAUGGUGUCUGGAAUACAAAUGAUCAAACUAAAAAAAUUCCAUUGACAAAUUCUCCUAAAGUCACGUUUGAGGACACAGAAGAAUUAGAUCAUGAACCAUCAACAAAAUUACUUGGAUAAAUUUUAUGGUUAAAUUAAAAUGUGUUUAUGAUAUGCAAUAAAUAUAAAUGAGAUUUCACAAUGAAUUGCCAACAUUAAACAUGUUAACAUAUUAUUUAUAUGUAUUGUUGUAAUAGGUAUUAAUUAAUUAAAAGUUACUACACAUAAUGGUGAUUUAAAAAUUGCAUUAGUAUGCUUAAUCUUGCAUUCAACCAAUCUUUAUCAGUUUACUCAUAUGAUGAAUUCCAAAGUUUAUAUUGCUUGGAAAUUCUGUAUGUCGGAGUUUAGAUUUGUUUUUAUAGAGAAUGUGUAUUUAAUUCUUUAACAAAUUUCACUCAAAUAAAAAUAGCGGGUAAGUAGGUUACCUACUGUAAAUUAAAUUUCUAAAAAGUCGCUGUGUAAUAGAUGUG